AUGAAUUACGAUAGUAAUUGUACUUCAAGCAACGGUUCAUAUGAUUGCAUCAAUUAUUUAAAUAAGGAUGGCAAUAAUUUAUUCUUAUUUAUUUUUCCCAUUCUUUUGGUAACUGUCAUGAUCAUUGGUGUCAUAGGAAAUCUACUUGUUAUUUAUGUUGUACUUAACUAUGGUCGAUUAAAAACUGUCACAAAUACAUAUCUAUUACAUUUAGCCUUAUCGGAUCUUGUCUUUUUAAGUGGUAUACCAUUUUUUGCAUCAUCUCUUAUAACUCGUGCAUGGAUAUUUGGUGGUUUUACAUGUAAAUUAUUUUUUCUAACUCAAGGUGUUAAUCAAUAUACAUCGAUUAUUAUAUUAGCUUUAUUAGCAUUCGAUCGAUAUUUAGCGGUUUGUUAUUCAGCUAAAUCUAUAGUAUGGCGUUCACGUGUCAAUCCGAAUUUACUUUUAAUAUUAACAUGGAUACUUUCAUUCAUUUUAAUGCUACCAAUUAUAGCUUUUACAGCGACUCAAAAUAAUCCUCCUUCAUUAGAAGUUCAGUGCAUUAUUAAUUUUCCAAUUUCUGACUCACGUUUACUCUACAUGAUAUUUGUUGUGUAUACAUCAGCAAUCACAUUUGUUUUGCCACUCAGUUUAAUGGUAUACUUUUAUAUACAAAUUGUUUGCCGUUUAAGACAUAAAGUAUCUCAACAACAUCGUCGUUCACGUACAUCAACACGUACACGAAGAAAAGUAUCUGUUUUAGUUUUAGCUGUUAUAAGCAUACACAUUUUAUGUUGUUCACCAUAUUGGGCAUUUCAAAUGCUAGCAACAAGUGAAUUAUUACCUCAACAAAGUCCUAUACUUUUACCAAUAUCAAGUGUAGCACAAUUUCUUUUAUUUGUUAAUUCAGCAACAAAUCCUAUCGUAUACGCAUUUCUAAGUGGAAUAUUUCGUUUAAGUUUCAAACAUGUUUUUUAUUGUUGCUUAUCAACAAAUAAUGAUCAAUAUUUACAAGCUAAACGAGUGAUGAAAACAAACUUAACAAUAACAGAAAAUAAUAAUAAUAUUUGUUAUUCAAAAAAACAAAACAUACCAAUGCGCAGUGUGUCCGUGAACAAUAAUGCAGUUCAAUCGAAGCCAAAUCAACAACGUCUACUAUCAUUACCAAUGACACAACCAACUUCAAUGGUAGUCAACGAAGAAAAUCAAUGUUCACCAAUACCACCAGCUACUUCGCUAUCUGUUUCUGAUGUGUCAUACGGUUCCGAGGCUUAA